GCUCGAUCGGCGCGGGCGCCGUGGACCUCUUUCUGUUCGCCGCGUACGUGUGCACCGUCGUGUAUGUGCUGUUGAAGAUCGCCCUCUUCGUGCUGAGUACGGCGAUGAGCAUCUUCUGCUUCUGCUGCUGCUGUGGCUGCUGCUGUCGCGGUAAGAAGGCCAAGACCGACGAUUCCAAGAAGGCCAAUCCCAAGGCCAAGGCCGACCCCAAGAAGAAGACCAAGUGA